AUAUAUCAAGCAAUCAAAUAAAAAAAAUUUAUACAUCUCAUCACAAUGUUAAAAUAAUUUAACCUUUAUUCACGGGUGUUAGAGUGGUUCUUGACUUGUUUAAUCAGCCUUAAGAACAACGGGAUGUUGUGUUGCAGGUCCAUUUGAUUUUGAGAAAACGGAAAGCAUGCCGAAGCUUCAUAUAAAUCCUUAUGCAUGGAACAAGGUUUCAAGUAUGAUAUUUUUGGACUCUCCUGUUGGAGUUGGAAUGUCUUACUCCAGGAACAGAUCCGACUAUAUCACCAGUGAUAUAUUAAUGACUUUAGAUUCCCACAAAUUUCUCCUUGAGUGGUUCAAGUUAUAUCCUGAAUACCUUUCAAAUCCUUUUUUCAUCGCCGGUGAGGCAUUUGCUAGAGUUUACAUCCCUCUAUUGUCUGAUCAAGUGAUGAAAGGACUUGAAGCUGGUGAUAAACCCACUCUCAACUUCAAGGGUUACAUUAUCGGAAAUGGACUUUGCGAUGAUGUGUUUGAUGGCAAUGCUGUUGUUCCAUUUGCACAUGGGAUGGGCCUCAUUUCAGAUGAAUUAUAUCAGCUUGACAAAGUUUACCAACAUCUUGAUGGUCUAAACGUGGAUAACAUUAUCAAACCAUGCUUUCGCGGAAAAAAGAUUAGACAUGAAAAUACAAAAUUGCCACUGAGCUUUAGGGAAUUGGGUGAGACUGAAAGGCCACUUCCUGUGCGAACCAGAAUGUUUGGGCGUGCAUGGCCUUUUAAAGCUGCGGUGAAGCCUGGUUAUGUGCCUUCUUGGCUGGAGCUUCUCAACACCACACAAAUUCGAGGCUCCCCAUGUUCAGACGAUAGUGUGGCAAUUACAUGGCUAAACAACGAAGCAGUCCGAAAGGAAAUUCACGCCGACCCGAUUAGUGAAGCUGGAAAAUGGGAGAUAUGUACGGGCAGGGUAAAAUAUAAUUCAGAACUUGUAACCAUGAUUGACUACCACAAAAAACUCACAGCUGCUGGCUAUCGCGCUCUUAUUUACAGUGUAAGGAUACCCGGAGUGGGAAUGUGGAAGACGCGUGGAGGCUGACGUGUCAGCCCCCACGACGCGUGAACACCGCCCCUAACUCUGGUGGGUUGGGUUUUGCGUCUUCACGGAGACGAGAGAGGAUGGGCGAUGUGAUUGGUUAUUCCAUAUUUAACUGUUGCAUGACGUACUAGCGGAGAAAAUCGACAAAACUCUAAAUUUUUUAGAAAAAAAAAAUGAUUCAAUGGAGGAACAACGUCAGCGAAAAUUGGCAUUCACCGAUCUUCAAAUUAUAAACACGGUUCCGCAACAAAUCUCGACACGGAAAAUUUAAGAGUAUUUUUGAAAAUCCAACAAGAAGUUCUCGACAAAUAUCGCAAU